AUGAUUCCAUCAGAUGAGCAACAGAGGACGAGCCAGGAGGUACGUGGACAAAGUCACAAACGUAAACCAGAGGUUCAAGUGGGAGGGGCUAAAGUACAUCGCAGUAAAGAGGAGAGCACAUCACCGGAGGGACUGUUGAGACAGGAGGAAAUGGUUCAACCCAAGUCAUCGGUACAAGUUGGAGGGGAUAACGAGCGGAACAAGCAGAAAGGAACUCCUUCAUCUGAGAGACAAAGACCGGGACAGGGGGAAGAUGGUUAUGGAGACGAACCUCAGCCAGACGUUGAAGUGGGAGAGACUAUAGAACAAAGCAAGCAUAAAAAGACUGCAACAUCUGAGGGACAGAGACCAAGACGGGAAGACGUUACUCAUCAAGACACACCUCAACCAGAGGUACAAGCGGAAGACGCUGAAGAGCAGAGCAAGCAAAAAAGGACUGUAUCAUCUGAGGGACUCACAUCGGGACACGAGAAACAAGACCAACGUCAAAGACGUGAACAAGAAAUUCUUGAAAAACGGGGCAGACAGAAGCAGAUGACACCAUGUGCUGAGGAACAGAGACUAGGUCAGGAGGAAGUUCCCGAAGAGGUGAAUCAAGUUGCAUCUCAAUCAACCUCAUUUAAAAAUCGUUUCAAAAGGUCUUUUUAUGCAUUGUUACCAAAACGGAAAAAGAAGUUUAGAGAACAAAAUUCAGGACAAGAACAGGCAGGGGAUGAACACAGUAGGCAGGCAGACAACCAAAGGGCAGGGUUUCACGAAGAGCGGAAAAAGAAGGAAGGGACUUCAUCAUCUGAAGGACAUAGUCCGAGGCAGGAGGACGUUGGUCACCGAGACACAUUUCAAAAAGAUGUUUUAGUGGGUGUGGCUAAGGAACAUAUCAAGCAGAAAGGGACUGCAUCGUCCGAGGACCAAAGACCGAGACUGAAGGAAAUUAGUGACGGAGACAAACCUCAAACAGGGGUUCAAGUGGGAGGCGCUAAAGAACAAUGCCAGCAGAAGGGGUCUACCUCAUCCGAGGAACAGAGACAAAAACAGCAAGAGGCGUGCGGCACAGAAUCGAUUUUUCAGAAAGAGAGGAUGCAAUCAUCCCAGGAUCAUGGAAUAAAAAGUUCAACGCACCAGAAACAAGGUCAUGGGCACGUGGACUUUACACUAAGAAAACCGUCGGAGAUACAAGAGACAGUAGUCGGAGAAAGGACAUCACAAGACCAACUGAUAAUGCAGGGUCCAAGCUCAGUUCAAGACAUUGCACCUGUAGAACUCCACCUACAAGGCUCAUCCCCAUCACCUGCUGUCCUCGGAUGUGGACCUGUGCAACAGGUGUCAGUGGAAUCCAUGCACAUUGGCGGUACAAAUAAUCCGACCUUCAUGGGUCCUGUGUAUCAACCAACUGUGGUCAUCAAUCAAAACGUGACGACGGAAAGCAGUCCAGGUAAAUAA